CUGUUUCGACGCUGCAUUGGGCGAUAGGAGCCUUAACUGCCCAUGAAGGGAAAUAAACUCUGCCACACACACAAGUUGGCAUGUGGUUCUUGAAAACACCAGCUGCACACUCAGUGCUUCCUUCCCUCCCCACACCCAGCCGAAUCUUCGGGGUGAGAAAAUUCACAUCCUUUGUAGCAACGGAGCAGAGCUUUUGCAAGAGAGAGCGAGAGAUAGAUGCAGGAGUGGUGGAGAGGCAUCGGCGGUGCUACCAGCCAGCCGCAUUCACGGCAGUGGGGAGAAGAGAGAGCGUGCCUCCUUUUCGUUUUCUUCCGCACGCCAGGAGAAGAUCUGCAGGGAGCAAAAGUGGGGAGCCGUGGGGGUGGCAGAGAGCGCUUGGAGGAUUGUGGCUUCUGCUGCUCCCCCCUCCGACUUCCCCAGUUCGCCUCUUGAUGGCUCGGAGGCUGCCGACUGAUUGAUGGGGGUCUCCCUCCUCGCGGAGGAAAGCUGUGCAGCUCUGGCUCCCGGCAAAGAGUGGGAGGAAGGAGAGAGGAGGAGGAGAGAAGGAAGGAAAGAGCGAAAAGGGCACCGAAUCCGUUCGCAUCCUCCGAAUGGCGAGCUCUCAGUGAUGAUCACCUAGCGCCGGUGUUCGGCCGAGCCGCAACCCCCCCUUCCGCCACGCUCUCCUGUCUUGUCAAUGGAAGGGGAGCUGGGGGGCAGCAAUGCCAGCGCGGCCGGUGGGGAAUAUUCCGCGCCGAGCGGCAGCGCUUGGACGGUUGCCUUCCUCGCCUUCAUCGUCCUCUUGACCAUGCUGGGCAACUUCUCCCUCAUUCUGCUGAUCUUCACCCAGCGGGCGCUCCGCAACACCUCCAAUUACUUCCUGGUGUCUCUCUUCAUGUCCGACCUGAUGGUGGGCUCAGUGGUGAUGCCGCCGGCGCUGCUGAACCAGCACUACGGCCGCUGGGUGCUGGACGGCGCCUUCUGCUCCAUCUGGUUCGCCUUUGACGUGAUGUGCACCAGCGCCUCCAUCCUCAACCUGUGCGUCAUCAGCCUCGACCGCUACCUGCUCAUCAUCUCCCCGCUCAGGUACAAGCUGAGGAUGACGUCCUGCAGGGCUGUGCUGCUCAUCCUGGCCACCUGGACCUUAGCCGCCCUGGUCUCCUUCCUGCCCAUCGAGAUGGGCUGGCACAAGAUGGAGUUCGGCCCGCGUCCCUUCAACGCUACCCUCCAGGCCGAAGAAGAGGGGCAGUGCCGUGUGGCGGUCAGCCUGCCCUACGCCCUCAUUGCCUCGGGUCUGACCUUCUUCCUCCCGUCCGUCGCCAUCCUCUUCACCUACUGCCGCAUCCUGCUCGCUGCUCGGAAGCAGGCGCUGCAGGUGGCCUCUCUUACCAACAACGUGUCCGUUGCAGCCGACGAACCCACGCAACAGGUCCACAGAGUUCACAGCCAAUCGGCUGCCAUGAGCGACACCCGGAAAUUCGCCAACAAGCACAGCAAGAGAGCCCUGAAGGCCAGCCUAACUUUGGGCGUCCUUUUGGGGAUGUUUUUCGUGGCCUGGCUCCCCUUUUUCGUCUGUAACGUGGCCCAGGCAGUCUGCAAGUGCGUGUCGGAGGACUUCUUUGACACCCUGACCUGGCUGGGCUAUUGCAACAGCACCAUGAACCCAAUCAUCUACCCGCUCUUCAUGCGGGACUUCAAGAGGGCCAUGGCAAAGUACCUGCCCUGCUGCCGGGGGGCUUGGGACCGCCGCCCCAGCCCCAUCUCGCUCUCCAUGAGGAACUCAAACAGCGGCCCCCGGCCCGGCACAUCCCUCAAGAAUGUCCUGGCGCUCCCGGGGGACACGGACUCGGCCGACUCCGUCACCCAAGUCCAUGACGACUGCGGUCAGUGCCUGGGGUCCCUCCCAGCCACGGGGGCCGAUUCGGUGACGCUUUUCAACCUGGAGCAGGAGCUCCGUAUCCACCAUCUGAACACCCCCAUGGACUGA